UGCGAAAUUCUCCUCUUCCCGUGGCCACAAAUCGGUUAAAAUUGUACUCCAUAAUCGCCUCCAUAAUAGCGACAGUUUUUGUGUCCACGUGGUGUGCCACGGAUUCAAACAUUAUCAAUAUUCAGGGCACGAGUGAGCGCGCAAAUCGUGGGAAUUUGACCCAUUACAACAUUUCUUAUUGUAAUCCGACCAUCCCAUCUGCCCCGGGGGGAAGAGUGACCAGGCUGCAAACGGCAGGACAAUGUUUUAAUAUUUACCCGCAAAAAAAUUGCACCGGGUGGUUUAUUCGGACCGAUGUGUUCCCUGAGGGUCACCAAGAACCAAAAACUUUUCAGUGGUUGGGGGAAGAUUUAAUCGAAAAAGAUUUACACAUUGGAUCGGUGUGACCAUAGAAAUUGGCAGGGGGAUGAAAAAUGCCGGGUUGAGGUGACCCUAUUUGCAGGAUUUAGCUAUUCAGGGAACAAUUCAACCGUCCACGUGGAUGGGGAUGGCUGUUUCUUAAUACCCCAAAAUACCUGGGGUCCAGUUGGCGUGAAAAUCAGGGGGGAUGGAUGGGAUGAUGGAAAUGAAUGCAUCGAGCUGCACGCACUGCCCUCUUGUGCCGGGGAAAGAAUCCAAUUGCGUCCCGGGUAUUUAGGACUUAGCGACCUUACCAUCUGGAAGUUGUUCCCCAUGAAAGCAUUGGCGCUAUCUCGAUGUGGCGCAUUCUGCCAUAAAUCAGUGCCUCACGUCAAUCCAAACCCUGUGGGAACCCGGGAGAAAAACGUGGUCACGUUUUACGACUAUACUGGAUACUAUGGCCACGCUACCCACGUCAACCUCAGCGGGGGCUGCGUCACUUUGGACAACGAGGAUGGAAAGUACUUAUCCAUCCGUACUUAUGGUCAAUGCGUGGUCCUCUAUGGUUCGCAGGGGUGUCAAGAAACGGAGGAAUUUCAUGUUUUCCAAACGGAGCGGAAAUCGAGAGAUUAUUAUGUCCAGAAACUUCUCACUCACACGAUUCCAUAUUACCCGAAAUCUGUCCAGUUGUGCGGAAAAGAAGUAGCCGACCGGGACAACUGUGAUGCAGGCGAAUCUUGUCUGACCUUUUCAUCCACUUUUAUUCUCUGGGGAAUAAUAUUGUUGUCAUUUCUUGGAAUGGUUUUAAUUUCUUUGGCAGCCUUGGGAGGAGUCCUGAUUUACAGAUUCUUCGAACAGCAUACACGCCAAGAUAGUAAUACGGCACUAUUGGAUGUGGUUUUUAGAUCUGAGGGUUUAAAUGCUGUUUAAAGAGUCUGUUUAAAAAUUUGGGGAACAGAACUUUGUGAAAGGUAACUUCAGAAUAAAAUACGGUUUUCAGGUGUGA